GUACACUUUGUCUCCUUCCUUGCACAACAACUUGACACAUAGUUCCAAAAACUCCUCCACCAUGCCGCAACAGCAAAAGGACCAGCACUCCAAGAAACGCAAGUCCGACGAUGUGUCCGCCAAGAGUCAGAAACGAGCGUUGAAACAAGAACGGCAAUCGCAUCGGAAACAUGCCGACUGUGUCACCGAGGCCAAGAAGAUUUGGAAUCAACUCCGUCUCAAGAACAACUCCAAGGAAGAGACUCGGAAAAUGACGGAAGAGCUCAUGGCACUGAUCAAGGGGAAAACGACGGAAAUUGCUUUGCAGCACGAUGCCAGUCGCGUCGUUCAGGCGGCAUUGCAAUUUGGAACCAACGACGAGCGAAAGGAGAUUUUGAGCGAACUCUGUGACAACAGCAACACCAAAAAGGUGGCUGGGGCGGCUUCUUCCGGAAGUGCCUUUGUGGAAUUGGCCCGGAAUCAAUAUGCGCAUUUUGUAGUGCUCAAGGCCAUCAAGUAUGGCGUCCACAGUCCUGAUUGUAUUCGUCUCAUUGUCAAGUCGCUCAAGGGACACAUGGCCAAGUUGGCCGUUCAUGCCACGGGAGCAAAAGUGGUAGAAGCGCUCGUUCAGACAUUUCCCAACAAAUCCACAGCUCCACUUAGGCAAGAAUUCUACGGUCCCCAGCUCUCCCUCUUUGUCAAUGAUCUGGCUGCUGCUUCUGCCGGAACCAACAAUCAAACCCCCGAUCUUGCCUUUCAUUUCCAAAAUCUAAAUGACAAAAAGAAGGAAACAGCACUCACAUUCAUUCGCAAUCAAAUCCUGGAAAAGGGCAUUGAAAAAUCACUCUUUGGAUACAACUAUUAUCAAUCCGUCUUUGCCGAAUACGUCACACACUGUUCUCCUCAUCAAGUGCGAGACAUUGCGCCUUCGGUUUGCGAUCAUGCCGUGCACUUUCUCUCUAGUAAAGCCGGGACCAAGGUGGUUGCCGCCUGUGUCGCCUAUGGAACGGCCAAAGAUCGACGCCGCAUUUGCAAAUCCCUAAAAGGAUACAGUCGCAGUGCUCUUCUCCAUCGGGAUGCCUAUUUGGCCAUUUUGCGACUGGUUCAAGUCAUGGAUGAUACCGUGUCGGUACAAAAGUAUGUAUUCCACGAGUUGUUGACACGCAAAGAUGGUGAUGAUGACGACGAUGACAGCGAUCCAUUGUUGGAAAUUGCUUUGCAUGACUUGGCAUACAAACUCUUUGUCAUGCUCUUGACCAGUAAUAAGGACGACUGGAAAAAGAGUUUUGAUCCAUACGAGUUAUCCGUCUUGGAACCCAAUCCUCCCAUGAUUCAGGAAGGAGGCCAGAUGGUUCCCACCAGUAAGAAGGAUCCGGAAACGCGUCGCCAAGAGUUGGCGCAACACUUGCAAAAGCCACUCAUUGAACUCUGUACCAAUCAUGCUAGAGAAUUAAUGACGAGCUUGUCGGGAUCCGUCCUGAUUCGACUGGUCUAUGCCAACUAUCAUCCCACUGAUUUGGUAGAGGCCAUUGUCAAGGUUUGUGAGGACGAGUUGACCAAGAAAGAUGACGAGGAGGGCUCGCUGUAUGAAGAUCGAGUGGGUCAUUUGGCCAUUAAGAAUCUCAUCUUGUGUGACGUGGAGGAGGAAGAGCCAUUGCUUGCCAAAGCGUUCUGCGACAAGCUCAAGGAUCAGCUGAUGGAGAUUGCCAAGUCUAAUCGAGGCGCCUUUGUCGUCGCGGCACUCUGCAAAAUUCCCAGUGUCAGAAAGAGUGUCGUGGAAAAGGUCAAGAAACAGGUGCCAAUGCUCAAGAAACGAAUGGGAGACAAAGCACAUGCAGGCUUUCAGACUCUGCUCAAAGAAAUUGAGAAGUAAACUCUUCAACAGACUUACACGUACUUUAGCUGCAUAUUCUAUUCAUUCUAGCUAGACUUGAUUCC